AUGGAGACUGAAGUUCCAACCAACGUUACAAUCCUCUGCGUGAUGUUUGUAGAGGAACAUAUUCCAUUUAUCAACCACGACAUGCCAGACAGAGAAGCGUCUCCGAGAUUAGAGCCGUAUAAUUGGUGGUGGAAGCUAUCCGCCCUGACGAUCUGGAAUGAGGAUCUGCAAUCUAGAGCCCAGUUCCUGAAAAUCCGGGCCUCGGAACAACGUAUCAUCUGGAUCCUCUGCGGCCUGGCCAUUGGUCUUCCACAAAGACCAUCACCGCCUGAGCAUGUCUGUCGCCAUGCCGCCAUGGCUUGGUGA